AUGGCGAUGUUGCUGGAGCUCCCAGUGCAUGACCUAGAGGCUGGAAGCAAGCAGCUUCUGCAAUCUGCUGACAACAAGAGUGGCCUAUCAGCCGGCUCUACCGCCCAUCUGAAGAAGAUUCUGCGGCUCCGGGAUCAUGGGAGACAUCUGCUGCUGGGCCGCAAUGGCUGCGGCAAGACGACGCUUCUGCGGGCCAUUGCCUCUGGCGAGCUGCCUGGCUGGCCCAGGGGUCUCAGCACCUACCUCGCAGCGUGCUGGUGUUUCAGAACAUUGUUAGGGUUCGGGUCUAGGGCUUUGGGGUUUGAAUAA